AUGCUAUUAUUUCACGAUUUUCGAUCAUUUUUCUAUUAUCUAUUACUGUUGUUCAUCAAUUACCAUGAAAUACUAAAAUCACAAACAGCUCCUAUCGAUGGUACAUUGAUUCCAUCACGUGUACAAGAUUUUCGAGCUCGAUAUGAUCAUCCAACGGAUGCAAUUUACAUUCAAUGGUCAUAUCCAGAAAAGAUACAACACGAAGUACAACCAGAAUUUAUGGUUCGUUAUCGAAUUACCAAUCGUCCGGAUCGUUUCUCCGAAUUUGAUUGGAAAUACUCACAAGUUGGAACUAAAUUAGAAGCAAAAUUAGAUUUAGGUGAAGUACGAAAUGGUGAUGAACUUCAAGCACAGGUUCGUGCUCAGCGUCCUGAUGGAACAAUCUUGGAAGAUUGGUCACAAUCUUUGCUGAUCUCGAUAAGCAAACGUGUUCUCAUCGAUGGUGUUCCAGCAGCUGAUGAUGAUCUGUUGCCACCGCUUGAUUUUCAAGCUCAUAUAUUAAGUACAUCAAUGGUACGCUUGGAAUGGACUUCACCUUUCAGAGUUUUAUCAAGUGAUCCAGCAACUCAUUAUUACAUUGUGAAUGUGAAGCAGUUAACAUCCGCAGAUAGAACAGCACUUCUUCGACAACAGAUUAAAGUUUCUGCAAAUAGUUUCACCUUGAAUAAUUUGAAACCUGGUCAACGAUAUGAAUUGACAAUACAGACUGCCACAAGUCCAGAACGUGUUUCCAGUGUUGCAGCGAUUGUGGAAAUCACAAUGCCAAAAGAAGAUGAGUAUUUCGAAGUGGGCAAUUUGAUUAUCAGUUCACAUUUCAAAGAAUCAGGUCAAGGUGUUGUUAAUUUGACCUGGGAAGUGCCGGGGAAGAUGCAGAAUCUGAUCCAAGCCUACGAUCUUGAAUACUCAGAAGCUGGUUCAGACGAUUGGCAUCAGUUGCAGUUCAGCGGCUCACAUCCUUCUGCGAGUUUAACCACCUUGAAAAGUGAUACGGAGUAUUUGUUAAAAAUUCGAACACAUCUUUCCAAUAAUCUAACAACUGAAGGUGGACAUUUCAGAUUUCGGACACCAGCCGUUGUAAAGAAUCCAAUCAAAAAAGUGGAUGUAAUUUAUACGCAUGAAAGUGAUGGUAUACGGUUACAGUGGUUGUUGGAAAAUUUUUUAUCCGCAAACCUUAUUGACGGCUAUGAUGUUUACGUAUCCGACAAUCCAGAUCUUCCGGAUGCUGAAUGGUCGUAUUAUCCGGUAAGUGGAUCUGGAUUAACAAAUAAUGCCUUUGGAAGUGGAGCUAAUUCACUUGUACUUCAUAAUUUACGACCCGGUCAUAUAUAUUAUGUACGGAUAAAUGUUCGAAAGAAGGAUGGUGAAAUAUUACGAGCAACAAGCAUUUAUCGAUUUAAGACAAUGGAACGUGCCGAAUUUCUUGAACGUCGUGAGGGAAGCACAUUGUCAUAUCGAUUAUUAUCACCUGGACGUGUUCAAAUUACAUGGACAUAUCCUAGUUCCAUUUUACCUUUCAUUACAGGUUCCUCAAUUAUGUAUGCGGAAAGUAAUUCGUUACCAACGAAGCAAUGGGAACGUAUUACUUUAGUCAAUCCACGACAGAAUUCUGUUGUACUUGAAAAGCUGAAGCCAAACUCACACUAUUUUGUUCGCAUUUUACCGCAGAUUAACAAUACCUUUUACGAUAGCAAUAUUAUCGAUAUGUUCGAAAUUAGAACUGGACUGGAAAGCAUGUUUUUGAAUCACAUGCAAUUCUCCCAUUCUGGCGAUAUCAAUUCGCGAAUGUUGCCGCAACAUGAAAAACAGCAAGGAAGUAUGAUGGCAAAAUGGGGAGAUGAAAA